UAAACCCAACGAUUUCUGGCGUAAUCUAUACGCAUGCGUGGAACCUUUAUUUUCGGGCGGGUUUAUUCGAAGUACAAACAAGAUGGAGUUGACGUCUGCUUUGCAUUUUUUGAGGUUAAACGAAAUCCCACAAGCCUGGGUAGAUGCAAUGUGGGAUACAGAAUUUACUGAGGCGAAGCUGAUGGAAGAUAACAUGGAAGAGGAGUUGGCAGCCUGUGGAGAUGAAGCUUUCAGACGCCUGUACAAGAGUCUGUUGCUUUAUGCUACUCAGCCGUCUUCAAGCAGAGAUGAUGGUUCACAGAGUAUUUGGGCACAGCUGGAGGAGAAUGGCGUGUCAAUGAAGACUCUGAUGGCCGUGCUGUCCUUUUUUGUGUCGCGAGGAAGAGCUAAAGCAGCCAACGUUCGGCAGAGGGUGGGCAGCCUGCAUGCUGCUGCACUUUACCUGUUGCUGCUUGGAAUCCCAGGAAGCGUCGCCAACAAAGUUUUUCAUGAGAUUUUGCUGGACACUUGCCUGAACACAUCCUUCCAAUGCUGGCCUCAGGACUCUGGCAAGAAGCGCAAGAAGGACGGUCUCAAGAGUUCUCAGGCAGAGGGCAAGCGCUCCAAAUCACAGCGGAAGGAAACUCUUGAGCUGCAGAUGGAUGUGGAUGAAGAAGAAGAGGAGGAGGAGGAAGCGGUGCUUCACUUCUCAGGCCAAGAUCUGAACAAGAUCAGAGAAGCACUGGUUCUUCUGCUUCAAAGUCUUCUCCGACUUCUGCAGACAUUUGCGCUUAAAGACAAACCACAAAGUGCCAGCAGUUGCACCCAGAUUUUCAGCAAGUUGCUCUACUUUGAUCCAGUCGUCAGCGAGCUCACAUUUGCUGCUGGACAAGAUGUCACAAAAAUGCAGAGCAUCCCAGAGAUGGCUUUUUAUGGCUUGCAACUGCUUUGCUCACCAAAACAUGGAGACCAGAGAGAGUCCCUGCGGAGGGUUUUCCACCGACUCCUCUAUGUGAUCUUGAUGAUGAAUAAAGGGGACAGUGGGACGCCAACCUUGCUUGUACCCAGUCAGGCAAUCCUCACAACACGUAAUCAAGCCAUCCAAUUUGUUUGUCGUAUUGUGGAUGAGCUGAAGGAACUGGCGCUCCCUUUCUUACACAUCCUGCUGCAGCACAUUUGUUACCAGAUGGUGGAGAAAAGCGAGUUUCGAAGCCAUGGAGCCCAGGCUGUUGGCAUGCUAACAUCUCAGAUGUCAAAUGCUGACUAUGCCUGCUUCAUCAAAUGGCUGUAUAAGUUCUCAAGACAUUCAAAGAUGGUGUCUCGCCUGUUCUCUCUGGAUGUGGUGAUGGUUCUACUGGGGCAGCCAGAGAGGAGGACAGAGGAUUGUAAUGAUCCGGAGCUGGCCUGCUACCUGCCACACAAGUUUCUGAUCCAGAGCCUGUUGUUUGCUCAGCGUAAUGACCAAUCGCCAACUGUCCAAGGCCACGCCUUCACCUGCCUGGCCCACUGUCUGGAGUUGCCUUCACUCAACGCCACCCGCGCUGUCCAAAACCUCUUCUCUGCCACUGUGACCCAGACAAUGCUGGAGGGGGAAACUACAGAAGGCAGUCUUCCGCCACCUCAGAGAACCUACCGCUCUUUGCCCUUCAGGACUGUGGAGAUCAGCGGCUCCGAUACUUUGGCCUCUGAUGCAAAAGAGAACCUGUCUCUUCUCCUGCGACGUGUACAAAACUCGAAGACAAACGUGAGGAAAUCUGCCCUGCAGGCCCUUGUGGGUCUUCUUAAGCAUAGUGUGAUCCCGACAAGCUGGGAGAACCUGUCGGUACUGUCGGAGCGCUGCAGAGACCCGGCUGUGUCUGUGAAGAAGAAAGCACUGUUGUGUGUGGGAGAGUUGCUCAGUGCUAAACCAGAUUGCAGCAUCGUGCAGAAGGCAUGGCUGCAGGGUGUGCUUCCAGCUGUGGGGGACACAGAGAGCUCCGUCCAAGAGAAGGCCCUGGAGGCUCUAGACCAGGUCUUACUAAGCCACGUCAAGGCCUACUCCGCCAGCUGCCUCCAAGAUAGCCAUCAGAGACGCGCCUGGAACCUGCUGAAUAUGCUUUGUGAUGAGUGCCAGAACCUUAGCCGAUACUUCAGCCAGGCCUUUAGCAUCUGGUCCAAACAAAACAAGUUCACUGCCACAUUCGUAACUAACCUGAUUUCACACACGGAGGCUGAUCACCGUGCCGGAGCCUGGCUGCUGCUUUCUAAGGUUGUGGCUGCUUCACCCAAAAUCCCUUAUGGAAACAUCCUUGAUGCCUGGGACAGCAUGGUCAGUUCAAAAGAGGUGAGCGGGAGAACAUGUUGUCACAUUCUGUGUGUGAUCGGGGAGAUUUCUGCUCACUUAAAUGAAGAUACCAAGGAAAGGAUAGUUGAUGAUCUUAUGUCUUUGUUGAAGACCUUUACGAUGUCUCUUGAUGUGAUCAGCGCCGCUAUCGAGACCCUUCAUCAACUUGGCAGCAGUGAAGAUCUCAAACAAACUCAGGCUUUCCUGAAUCAGCACUGUGGUGAACUGGUGUCGCUGUGUGAGGUUUAUCUAGCCGGCAUCCUACUGAAUGAAAAUGGAGCCCAGAAUCUGAAUGAGGACCUCAUGGUAAGACACCUUCACACUUUGGGUGUUGCGUCUCUCAACUGUCCUGCCAGAGUAUCCAAAAGGGUGGUUUUGCUGGUUGAAUCUGUUGUCACCACACAUCCCGACAAGCUCCCAGAGCUUCUGGAGGAGCUGCCAGCUUCACUGCCUCUGUCCCAGUUCAAAGCAAACUCUCUGCCUACUAGAGUCAGAGCACAUGGUGUCCUCACUUUGGGUAAGCUGUGUCUACAGCACGAGGAACUGGUGCAAAAGUACCUUCCCGUGUUUGCCAGAGAGCUGGAGGUCGGCACAGAAGUGGCUUUACGCAACAAUGUGGUGGUGAUCAUGUGUGAUCUAUGUGUUCGAUACACAAACAAAGUCGACAGUUACAUUCCCAACAUCUCCGUCUGUCUACGAGACAAUGACCCGGUCGUCAGGGAGCAGACUCUCAUCAUGUUGACCAACCUCCUCCAGGAGCAGUUUGUGAAAUGGAAGGGUUCUCUUUUCUUCCGCUUCAUGGUCAUGCUUGUUGAUCCUGUCCCGGCUAAUGCCAGUCUGUGUGAGUACUGCUUGCGGCACUUACUGCUGAAGAACAACCCAGAAAUGUUUAGUCAGCAUUUCAUUGAGUGCAUUUUCCACUUCAACUCUUACAGUGGACACAAUUCCUACAACAAGUUCCCUCAGACUGAGAGUGAAAAAGUCAGGUUCUCCCUAAAAGGUCCUCAACACCGUGAGAAACGUUUUCGGAUUUACCGGUUUCUGCUCGAGCACUUCACUGAUGCUCAGCGCUUCAACAUCACCAACAAGAUCAACCAAAGUGUUUUAGCUUUGUUUGCAGAUGAAGAGCUGCCACUUGAUGCACAGGGUGCAGACAUUUUAUCAGAGACCUUCAAUAUACUGACUCUAAAAGAGAUGAAGCUGCAAAUCAUGUCUACUCCACAUGGCGGCGCUGCAGCUGAGGAGGGCGAAGAGGAGAACAUGGCCGCCAUGGCCAAAGUAGUCCUGCAAGCAGCUCAAAAUAAGGUGGUGUCUCAGGUCAGGAAGAAGGCUUUCAUAGAGAACACGGUUCCGCUCAUUAUCAGCCUGAAGCACUUACUGGAGCGGCAACGCUCUUCUGUCCUGAAAGAUCUCAUGGCCUACCUCCAGGUCACAAUGCAGGAUUACCGUAAUGAGGUCAAGGAAUUUUUUGCUGGAGAUGAGCAACUAGCAGCAGAGGUGGAGUUUGCUCUCAAGGAGGCUGAGAAGGGGGGGGAGAUGGAGAAGCAGAUGGAAAACUGCAGCCUCACGGAAGAACCUAAAAUGCCGACUGCUGAGGCUUCGGUCCAUGGCUCUCCUGUCAAGCCCAGACUUCUUCUUCCAUUCAACUUCGCCACGCCGCAGCCGCCACGUCCAAAUCCUCUGUCUAUGAGACAGAUACAGACUGAGAAGCGUGUGCAUUUCUGUGGCAGAGCCGCGCCAGAAGAGUCGUCACAGUCUAUUGUUCUGGAAAAAACAGUAAUGCCUACCGGUGCUGUGAAGAGCAGAGCCAUCAGCACACCCAAAGGUGUCACUAUCAACCUAACUUUUGAGGAGGGAGUCAGCGCCAUCUACAGUGAUAAAGGAACAAGUCUUGGCGAGGAGACAAAUGUUCUUCAUGUACAGUCUGAUACAGAACAAUCUCUGCCUGGACAGAGGCAGUGGAACGUGCAGUCCCCGCUCCGUCAGAAAAAGAAAACCAAUCAAUAAACUGAAGAAACAUGGGUGGUCUAAUAAUUUUUUUCCAUGAUUGUAUAACGCCAAGCGAUUUGUGAGAUCUGAUUUACUUUUUUCGAGGAGGCAUUUUUGUGAUUCAAAUGUAUUACUUUUUUGACGCAUAUUGUUUUGAGAAGCCAAACUCCUUACUUGCGUAACCCCAGCGACUACCUGGAACAACGUUCUUCAUCACCGAAAUACCACCAGAACUGGACUUCGGGAACAAAGUGGGGGGUGUAAGUCACUAUUGAUGAACUACACUGCCGAUGGGGAUGUCAUACAACUUAAUGUAAAAAAAUUCCAACUAUCCCUAAAUUUUAUUACAAUGCCCGAUCGAUGACGGCAUGCAGGUUCUGAGUGAAAAAAGACGAGUAGCACGUUUAUUCUUGCACCCAUCUUGUCUUACAGACAUUCUCAACACACUUACAGCCUUCAAAAUAAGAGUCAUGAAAAAUAUCCUACAUAUGCAGUUGGGAUUGCAUGGGUGAUUACAUCUUCCUUCAUCUCAAGCAUGGGCAUUACAGUUUGUUGAAGAUUUUGAAGCAAUAUGGGCAGAGGCUGACAUCCCAUUAGAAGAGUUAGCCAGGCUACAUCCAUUUCUCAAUUACUGGGCAAAAUUGUCCACUGAUGUAUAGAAUCAAUAAAUAUAAGGAUUUUUGCACUUAAUUAACAGACAUUUUAUUCACUAACCCAUAAAGCACACACGCUAUGCUGGUAAAAAUAAGUGUAAAAUGAGCAGAAGUGGAGCAAGAGACCAUAAUAUGCAAAGUUUGCAAAGCAACGGUGAUGGCAAAAGGUGGGAACGCGACAAAUUUGUUCUACCAUCUGGAGCGCAAACACAGAGUUGAGUAAGACAGAGUCAGCGAGCAUGUCUACGCUUACCCAGUCCAAAAUACAAAACGCAUAGUUUGGGAGACAUUAAAUGCACUUGCUGUAUUGCACUUUGUUACCAAUAAAUCAAUAAAUGUGCUUUACAAUUGGAGUGUAUUUACUUGUAUGGGUUAAGGUUUGUAGCUUUUUAUACAAGACUCCGCUGAAUUUAAUUACAUCGUCAUAUCAUGAUACAUGCUAGGUCCCUAUUGCCCAACCCUAAUUUAAUCCUACCACUUCUCCACUGAUAGUUUGUUCACUUCCUGUCAUUAAAUGUUAACAUUUUCUUAGAGUAAAACAAAAUAAACACAGGAGUACAAGCUGACAAACAUCGUCUGAGUAAUAAAAAAAUGAAUAAUUA